AUGACUUACUCCACACCGCCAAAGGAGGAGGCAAAAUGGUGGCUGCCCGUCGGAUUGGCCUUCACCGCCUGGGCGAACGCAGUAGCCACCGCGUAUUCCAACGACUUCGGCGGCGACGGCGGUUGGGGAAGAGGCAGCGCGCUCGACGGAUUGGAGCUCCCGCAGAACUCCGGUGGAUCUCCAGCACUGCCGCCCGGAGCAUCCCCACCGGCAGCAACUCCCCCGCCGCCGUCCACACCACUAGGUUUCGUCGUCGCCAUGGAUUGGAGCUGGAGGGAGAGGACGGAGCAGAUCUGGUCUGGUCGGGCGCCGUCGUGCUUCUCCGUUUCCAAUGGCGAGGCGGAUACCUUUACACAGGAGAUAGAGAAGCAUAUGAUUGCUGCCUUCUCUGUUUUGGAGCUACGUCUCACAACCAAUGGCCAUGUUUAUGGAGCAUUUGUGUUUAAACUCUUUGGGAUGGAUCAAAUUCAUUGUGUUAUGCAGAAGCUUAAGAUCUUCCUGCAGAUAUCAGUGGAGGGGCGACAGCCCAUGUUCUCCCCACUGAAACUCCACCACUGCCCACUAGAUUAUCACUGUGAUUCUUCAGACUGGAGGUCACAAACUAUCUCCUUGACUGCUCUUGAAGAAGUGGAGAUCAACGGCUUCGAAGGAGCAGAACAUGAGUUUGAUUUAUUGAAACUGAUACUUAGAUCUGCACCAAUUCUUAAGAAAAUGACUGUGAAGCUUUCAGAGGAAGCCUCAUCAAGUACGGAUGGAUGCGCAAAAAUAUACAACAUCCUCAAGGCUUGUUCUUCCGUGGAAUUCUAUAUUUAUCAUGGCUCUGGUGAUCUGAACAGCGAGGUGGUGUUGGGCUCUGUGGCGGUGGCUCCAGUUAGCGGCGACCUCAUCUUCUCAUCCUCCUCGCGGUGGAGGCGCGUCGACGUGCUGCUUUGGCGGUGGAUCAGGGCGACGUGCCCUGAUCCGGUGGGUGUCGGCCAUCAGCGGGAUGCAACAGCGCUGGCUAUUCGGAGCCGUGCGAGUGGCUGCUUUGGUCGGCUCUCGGCUGCGAGGGAAUUGGAGUUGCUACUCCCGACCUACAUGGCCCGCCAGGCGUCACUGCUCGGUCGGGGCGGUGCUUUGAACGAACGGAACGGAACAAACCCCAUCGCCAUGGCCGCCGCCGCCGCCGCCGCCGCGAGGUCGCGCGCCACCGCCGCCGCCGCGUGGGCUCGCCUGCUCUCCCACCGCCACGUCGCCGCCGCCGGCGCGUCCGGAUCGCUGCCCCACCUGGCAGGCCCGCAGAUCGCGCCCCAGCGCCGCCACUUCGCCUUCUCCUCCGUCUCCCCCGGCGCCGGCGGCGGGGGCAGGGACAAGGAGCCGCUGUUCACCGAGCAGACCGUCUACGACCUGCUGUUCCAGCUGGAGCGGGAGCGGCAGAAGGAACGCGAGGAUCGGCGCAAGGCCGGGGCCGGCGGCGGCGGCGAGAAGGGGGACGAGGGGGAGGAGGAGGAGGAGGAGGACUUCAUGGGCGUGAAGCCGCUGAUCGAGAAGCUGGAGCGGCGGAACGCCAAGGAGGCCAACCUCCCCGACGAGUCCUUCCUGGAGCCCAGCGACUCCGAGUCCGACGAGGACGACGAGCGCUUCUCCUCCGACUCCAUCCGCCGCCGCGUCGACGAGUUCGACCGCAAGUGCAAGCGCCAAUCCGAGCUCCUCCGCUCCUUCGCCGAGGCCGAGACCCUUGAUGAUGCUCACAAGAUCAUGACGAAGAUCGACAAGUUCGAGCAGCGCCAUCUGAGCCUGCCGCUGGAGUACAGGGUCAUCGGGGACAUGAUGAACCGCCUCAAGGACUCCACGGGGAAAGAGCGCUUCAUCCUCCUGCAGAAGCUGAACCGGGCCGUCAGGCUCAUGGAGUGCAAGGAGGCAUACGACCCCAGCAACCCCGCAAACUUCGGGCUUAUCCAGCACCAGCAGGUCGACUCUCCAGACGAUGUGAUUGAUAACGCUGGCUUCGACAAGGAGAAGCAGAUGAUCCAAGGAGAGAGCCUCGAUGACGAGGAUGAGGAGUUCAAUGAAGACAAGGAGAAGGACGAUAUGCUCAUCGAGAAACUAAAUGCUAUUGAGAAGAAGAUCGAGGACAAAUUGGCGGACCUGGAUCAUACGUUUGGUAAGAAGGGCAGGGUUUUGGAAGAGGAAAUAAAGGAUCUGGUGGAGGAGAGGAACUCCCUGACGGACAAAAAGAGGAGGCCUAUGUACAGAAAAGGUUUUGAUGUGAAGGUCAUUGAUGUUAAUCGGACAUGCAAAGUUACAAAGGGAGGCCAAAUAGCAAAAUACACAGCAUUGUUGGCAACUGGAAACUACCAUGGUGUUGUAGGUUUUGCAAAAGCUAAAGGUCCAACAGCAAAGAUUGCAAUACAGAGGGCCUAUGAGAAAUGCUUCCAGAACCUACAUUACAUGGAGCGUUAUGAGGAGCACACAAUUGCUCAUGCAAUUCAGGCCAAAUAUGAGAAAACAAAGAUCUACCUCUGGCCCGGACCAAUGAGGAGCGGGAUGUGCGCCGCCGGCAGGACUGUCGAAACUGUGAUGUAUCUAGCCGGGUUUAGCAAUGUCAAGUCAAAGAUUAUCGGAUCGAGGAGCCCGCUCAACGUUAUCAAGGCUCUCUUCAUAGCACUGAAUGCCAUUGAAACGCCCAAGGAUGUGGAGCAGAAGUUUGGACGGACUGUUGUGGAGUCGUACUUGUUGUAGCGAGGUAGUCAUCUGUUUCUGUUUGUGGAGAUCACGUCACGUCGGGCCUGCUGGAGUGGCAAGGGAAGACCGAAAGGAGGAGCCGGUGGCAGAUCCGACCAUGAGACCUCUGUUUGCAUCCGUGAUCCCAACUAUUUGUUUGUCCUGCGACCGGUCCCCUGUUAACCGGGUACUGUAAUAUUUUGAACUGAUCAAUGCAUAGUGUAACCAGAUAGCAGGUGGUCAUAUUUACUUGGCAAAUAGAAUGAAGGCCACGUUUGGUCGCUGUUUAUUUGGUUUUGUUAGCAGAUAUUAUGCAAUUCUGUCAUGGUGGCCUGCCUGGUUGCUUGGGAGGUUAGAUCUUAGAUGGAUCCAAACUUGGUAGAAUGAAUAAAAACCCUUGGUCUCUUGUUCUUC